CAAAACAUGAAACAUCUGUGCGGAUGAAGUAACAUCUCAACUACGACUAUUUCCACCAUUUUUACUAUUUCACGGCUCUUGGGAUGGCUGGGAGGCUGGCGACGGUCUUCAUGUAUAGGUUGGGUUAGUUGCAGUAUGUCCUCACCACUGCCAUGAAGCCAAACUUUCGGUGGAAGAUGGACUGCCCAGGAACCAUGGAGGAGGAAGCUAGACCUGGAAGUAGGAGGAGAAUGAGGUCCUCUGCAACCCAGGACCAAGAAAUAUCCAGCUGCUCAUCAUCAUCACUCUCUGCUCCAAGUCCGUUGAGAGAGUUUUCAGAAAAAAUGGUCAAGGAUCAUAUGUGCUCGCAUAAUACAAAGUUUGAAAUUCAGAGAACUAGAAAGAGCAGUCGGUCUCGGACAUGGAGGGAGAGCUGGCGACCGGAGUGGUGCAUUAGCCUAGGGUUCAUGCUGAUGCUUUGUAUUCUUAGUAGAGUGACGAUGGGAGCACUAGAAGCAAGUCCGAGAGAUGAUGUUGCGAGUUUUAGUGGGGAAGACAAAUUGUUUGCGGCAAGAAGACUUAGCAGUGUCACAGAGCCAGAAUUGAUUGUGAAUGAUAGUAAUGAUGGUCCUGUAUUUAUAUCUGAACCUAGUAUGAAGCAGGUCAAAGCCACGGGAAGAACCACGGAAGGUUCACCGUGUGGAGGAGGCCGAGGCCAUCAAGUGAAGAUAAAAUACUCCUCCAGUAUUGUUGAAAAUGAGUACAUUGUAGCUUUUAAGGGUUACUAUAGACAAGAGGCAAGGGAGCGUUUUAUUGAGGCAGCCCUGAAUGACUCGGAUGUUGUGCGGUGGGAAGUGAUGCCUCGUAACAAUCCAGCAAGUGACUACCCAAGUGAUUUUGAUGUUGUGCAGAUCCAAGAAAUUCGUAAAAAUGAUGGCUUGGAUGCCCUCAAAGACCACCCAGCAGUUAAGCGAGUCACAGCCCAACGCAUGGUCAUCCGUCAUCUGCACUUUGUCAAUGACACGAAUGAAGACACCAGUACAGACUUGUGGGAUGAGAUUCUUUUUGCCAACAUAUCAGAGACGGCAGAUGGGUUCAUGGUGUACAACAUAAGUGAAGCACAGCAAGAGGAUGGGUUGCACAAAGAGGAGGGUAUAGAUGAAGAUGAUACGGCUGAGCUGGAUGUGGAAUAUGAGGUUCUUGGGGAAGAAUACGACAAGAAGAAGGUGAAAGAUGAAGAUGACUCUCCUUGCUCAGGGAAGGAUUGUCCCCCCAGCGUGGAGAGGGAGGCCGUGUGGCCAGCCUCUCGGCCUUUCAGACGCUCCUCACUAACUCUGGGAACAGCCUUCUGGCAAACUACUGGCAGGCAUUCUAGUCGACGAUUGUUAAGAGCUAUUCCUAGACAGAUCACAUCCACCUUACAAGCUGAUGUACUGUGGAGCAUGGGAAUCACAGGUGCAGGAGUUAAAGUUGCUGUAUUUGACACGGGACUUUCAAAGUCACACCCCCACUUCAAACGCAUUAAAGAACGCACAAAUUGGACUAAUGAAAAGACUUUGGAUGAUGGCCUGGGUCAUGGCACAUUUGUUGCUGGGGUGAUAGCAUCAAGUGGGAAAACCUGUCUUGGAUUUGCACCUGAUGCAGAACUUCAUAUAUAUCGUGUCUUUACAAACAACCAGGUAUCAUACACAUCCUGGUUCCUCGAUGCUUUCAACUAUGCCAUCUUGAAGAAAGUAGAUGUCCUGAACCUCAGCAUUGGAGGCCCAGAUUUCAUGGAUCACCCAUUUGUGGACAAAGUCUGGGAGCUCACAGCAAACAGAGUGAUCAUGGUCUCUGCUAUUGGAAAUGAUGGGCCACUUUAUGGAACCCUAAAUAAUCCAGCUGAUCAAAUGGAUGUAAUUGGUGUUGGUGGCAUCAACUUUGAAGACCAAAUAGCUCGCUUUUCGUCACGUGGGAUGACUACAUGGGAACUUCCACAAGGGUAUGGGCGUGUCAAACCUGACAUUGUGACUUAUGGGUCACUUGUGCAGGGCUCAAGUAUGGAGGGGAAGUGUCGGCAGUUGUCUGGGACAUCUGUUGCCUCACCUGUUGUUGCUGGAGCUGUUACUCUUUUGGCUAGUGGUGUCCUGCACCGAGGUGGUAUCAUCAACCCAGCUAGCAUGAAGCAAGCACUUAUGGCUUCAGCUCGCAGGCUCCCUGGGGUCAACAUGUUCGAGCAAGGACAUGGCAAACUUGACCUGGUUAAGGCUUACCAGGUUUUGUCAAAGUAUAAACCACAGGCAUCUCUUAGCCCUAGCUAUAUUGACCUCACAGAAUGCCAGUAUAUGUGGCCAUACUGCACUCAGCCCCUCUACCAUGGUGCCAUGCCAACUAUUGUGAAUGUUACCAUACUGAAUGGAAUGGGGGUUUCUGGACGUAUCAUUGAAAAGCCCAUUUGGCAUCCAUACACACCACAAUUUGGGCAGCAUCUGAACAUUGCUUUCACAUACUCUGAGGUUCUUUGGCCAUGGUCAGGCCACCUGGCUGUGUGGAUCACAGUAGCAGACAGUGGUAAAGACUGGGAAGGGUUUGCUCGUGGGCAUAUAUCUGUGACUGUCGAAUCACCUCCCGAAGAAGGUGAAACGCAGCCCAGGACGUCACAUGUGAAACUUCCAGUUAAAGCCAAGGUGAUUCCAACUCCUCCCCGGCAUAAAAGAGUACUCUGGGACCAGUUCCACAACCUGCGCUACCCACCAGGUUACUUCCCAAGGGACAACCUGCGCAUGACCAAUGAUCCUCUGGACUGGAAUGCGGAUCACAUCCACACCAACUUCAAGGAUAUGUAUCAGCAUUUGAGGAACAGCGGAUACUAUGUGGAGGUUUUAGGUUCACCCUUCACCUGCUUUGAUGCUAGCAAGUAUGGAACCUUGAUGAUUGUGGACCCGGAAGAAGAGUAUUUCCCAGAAGAAGUAACAAAAUUGAGGCGUGAUGUUGAGAAUGGAUUAUCCGUCAUUGUGUUUGCAGACUGGUAUAAUGUCAGUGUUAUGAAGAAAGUCAAGUUUUAUGAUGAGAAUACCAAGCAGCUUUGGAUGCCAGUAACAGGUGGCAGUAAUAUACCUGCCCUUAACUACUUACUGGCUUCAUGGGGUAUAUCUCUGAGUGAUGGAGUUUAUGAAGGUGAUUACACCUUAGGUGACCGUGACAUGUAUUAUGCAACUGGCACCUCACUGGCACAGUUCCCUCAAGAGGGUACAGUUAUUCGCAAAAACCUGAAUGACUAUGCAAAGGAAAUGUUAGAAGCUGAGACUGAGAGUGUUCCUGAUAUCCCAAUACUUGGACUCCUGCAGACCCGAAGUGGGGCAGCAGAAAAUAUGAUAGAUGGUGGUCAGUCCCAUAAUGGGAGACUAGUUGUAUAUGGGGACUCCAACUGUUUAGACAAUAGCCACAUGCAAAAAGAUUGCUUCUGGAUGCUGGAUGCUCUUUUGGAGUUCACUACCACGGGACACCUUGCUGGAGUAUUCACUUCCAAUGCAGGGGCCCCAGUUCCUCCGACAACAGACCUGCCCACAAAGAUGGAAAACAGUAAUUUGCAUAAGCAUUCAAAGGUUGUGGAGCACACCCUUGGCAUGGAGCAGAUGAGACCUCUCCCAGAUUGCCCUUCCCUCGUUCCUGUCACACCACAGCCUCUUAAUGUCUCAAAUAAGAACUUGAAUAUCCAUGUUGGUCUUAAGUUGCUGUCACAACCGGAGAUCGUAGCUGCAGUGAAGAUGGCUCCUGUUGAUGUCCAUCCUCUGCCCUUGGAUGGUCACAAGUCAGGUCAGGAAAGCCCAGCAGGAUCCUCCAAUGCAGGUGGUUCCAUGGGCUCUCUUCCCUACUCACCAGAUAGGGUUCCAGCCUUUGCUGUGCUGUCGGUACUGAUGAUGGUGCUGCUCGUUUGCUAUUGGUACCGCUCUCGCCACCGCCCCAAGCGCAGACGCAACAAAUUCCGCAACGUUGUCAUGGCAGCUAUCAAUGGCCGGCUCCCUUCCGUGUGAUGGACAGCAGGGUUCUUUGCACUGCUCUGACGUCAGGUUGCGUCUUUCCGGCUGGACGUGUCUUGUGCAAGAAUGUCCAGUAAUCAACCCUGUCAUAUGUCUUUAUGGGUAUUGCGUUUUUUGCUGCUGUUAUGGUAAGAUGAUGAGAUGCCACUGAUGUCAUUUCAUCAUUGUAAUGAUUCCACAGUGUAGCUUUGGUUCAUUAAGAGUACCACUGCUGUGAUUAUUACUAUUAUGAGUAUUGCAUCAUCAUUGGCAAGAUCAUAAUGCAUAAUUGUUAUCAUUGUCAGCUGUUUUAAUCAUUAGUGUUGCGGCUUGCAUUAUUAUCAGUAAUAGUUCAUAUUCAUUAAGCAUAAACUGUCAUCAUAGUUAUCAUGAUCUUAUCAUUUCACAGUUUUCACAAUCAUAAUCAUCAUUAUUGAUAGGCAUUACAUUAUUAGCUCUUCAUUAUAAUCAUUAUAUCAUUGUUAUCAUCAUCACCAACAGCAGCAGUAACGCUACUCUUAAUUGUAACCUGUAUCACCUUUGUUUCAUUGUCCACGUCACCAUCAAUGUUGUCAUGUCACAUCAUGAAUACUAUCAUAAUUAUUAGUAAUGUCUCAAUAUUACUGCAGUAGUAAUAGCUCAGACAACAAUACUGUUUAUGAAUGAAAGCACUAGUACUAAUAUUUUUCUUCAUUAAUAUGACUGUUAUACAAUAUUUUUUUUAGCCUGGAUUCAAUACUAUUGUUUGUAUGUAGAUGGUGGUACUAGAGCUAGAUUUUAGUGGAAAAUGAUAGAUUUGGUGAAGCCUCUGUUUAUGAAAAUAUUUCUGUAUCAUAGAAAGUCUGUGAAAUUUCCUUUGGAUACAGAUCAUUAUUGCAUGUACUUCAGCUUUUGACAUUGUUGCAGAAUCAGAUGGUGAUUAAAACUGCACAUCUUGUAAAUAGAUGAUGAUGAAGCAAUUUCUGUGGUAGAUAUUCCUUGUCUUUCAGAAUGGAGAUAUUGUGAUAAAGAGUUAAAUACCUAAGGCUGCUGGUGGCUAGAGGUGCAUGUUAGUAGUAUUUAUUUAAAUUUUUUGACUUAUCUUCAUAUUUUCAGGGGAAAGUUGGGUAUUAGAAGAAAAAACUGAAGCAUGGGAAAUGAAGUGUUAAUAAGCCAGAUUGAUUGAUUUUUUUUUUUUUUUUUUUUUUCUUUUAUUAAAGCAGUUUGAUAGUUUGUUGGAUCCUUGAAGAUUAUUUUAUACUUUAAUGGUGGUGAUGGCAGAUGCUAUCUCUGUUAUUGUUAAGCACAAAGUGUAGUGCUUUAACCAAGUUUACUCACGUCUUCAAGGUUUACCUGUAGAGAGAGAAACUACUAAGAUCAGAAGUAAAAUCUAGAAACAUGGCAGUUGUUUGGCCAUUUUUAAAAAUAAUAUGAGACUUUUAAUACUUUUUAUUUUUUCUCAUUGAUGACUGCAUGGCAUCAACCAGCAAGUGAAGACAGGAACAUAACUGAUACUCUAGUUAGUAGUCCAUUACCCUCACCAGUCUUGUUAAAUAAAGGUUCUUGGAUAAUUUUUACCAUUAUGUAGGAAGUCCAUGCCUCGCUUUGCUUGAUAUAAGCCCGUGUCCUUCAUCCAUGUGGUAAUUUGUGUUGGGGGCAGUUUGCUCUAGGUGAAGUAAGAGUUUGUCAGUUGUGUUAAAAUGACAUUGAAUUUGGCAGUACCCUUGUGUGAUUAGUUUGUAGUUCAAAGUUUAGGUGAAUAAAAUUUGUUUUAAAUAGAACUUGUUGAUAGACUGAUGUUACAAUCUUCAAAGAUUUACCUUAGCAUGACUGCACUAGGAUUGGAAUGUAGCAAGGUAUUUUCUUAUAGCAGAACACCUGCGGGCUAGAGGAAAAUGUUUCUCAGUUUGCAGUGAUUUGAAAACAUUAAAUGUUUUUGAGGUCAUGUUAGAAUUAGGGGAAGCAGUUAAUACUAGUUUGGUUCAAAAUACUGAGUAGUAAUAGUAGUGCUAAUGCACUAGUUGAUCUCAUUAGUUCGAUGAGUGAUUGGAAUAGGUCAUUUUGACUAUUUUUAUUGUUCAGAUGCAGUUAUUGCUACACUACUUUGCCUCUUUAGAUCACUAUGAGUAUGAACAGUGAGAACUUACUCAAAUUCGAGCACUUGUGUGAAUGCAUUUAGCUCUUCAUGUAUAUAUGCAUGUGUGUGUGGAUUUAGCAUGUAGAUAUAAGAUUUUGUAUAACCAAAGAAUUUUUUAUGAAAGCCAUUUGUAUGUUGGGAAAGUAAAUGUUUACUCAUGAUGUCAUAGCACUUCAACUUAGAGAAAGUACUAUGUUAAAUUUCUUUUCUGGUAGUGACACAUACCAGACUGGCUUUCUUGCUCUCUGGAUUGUAUACUUACUGGUAAUGUUUGUUUCUUGCUUUCUUGCUGUCGUCCCAUUCUUCAAUUCAACCCUUCCUCCAUACCUCAUAUCCUUUAUUAUUAUAUCUAACUAUUGUCUGCCUUUCUACCUCUUACUUGCUGUCUCCCACCUUCCCUCUCUUCAUAUAGCUGGAUAUGUUAUGCCAAAAACCGUUCUCUACCAUAUCACUAGUAAGUUAAUCCUGAAGAAUGAGUAUGAAUUAAAAGAGAAAAUGACCCUCAUUUACCAUUUUACGAGUUCAGAUGCAAAAAAAAAAUGGGUCCUUGAAUUUAAAAAAAAAGUAAUUUAAAAAGAAUUGACCCUCUAAAUAUAAAGAGGCAACUCAAAAUCUUCUCUUGUUUAACUGUACAGAAAGUCAGUCUUGGGAAGCGUGGAAGUGUUUGCAUGUGUGUGCAGUUGUGUGCGGGUUUUUGUGGACAUGCAAACAUCUUUUAGAGAUUAGAUUUUCACAAUAGAAAGCAGUGGGCUGUAAGUUGUUGGGUUUUUAACUCUUUUGCAUUUAUGAAUGUUAUGUUACAGAUUUUUGAAUGGAUGUGCUUCAUUAUUUCUGUGUUGUGUUUAUCUAUUUAUUUUUUUCACACUAAAAAAUAUAGUUUGAAAAUGUGAACAUUUGAAAUUAUCCAAUGCAUUUAUAUUAUUAAUUAAAAACAAAAUGUGGAAUUACAGUAUAUGGACAGUUAUUGUGAAAAUGAUUUACUAAGUUUUAAGGUUGUAUUUUGUAAAAGAUAUUAUUUGAUGGUCGUGAAAACUUUUUCAAUUGCAGCAACAAUGAGAGUACCACAAACAAAAUAAUCUUAAAGUAUUUCAUGUUGAUG